UGAGCACAAUAAUAACUGGCAGCAAAUUGAUUGAGGUGAUAUUUACAGCUUGAUUCACUGUAAACGUUCUAUUUUCUACAUUUAAACUACACAGAGCCACAUUGGGAAAAUGGCUAUGAUGAGAAUCUAAGUUUUGCCUGCCCCCCAGGACAGUCAAUAUCCUACAUAAAAAGCCAACAUCACAACGAUUAUGAGGACAGAAUGUGGGAGUUUGGCUGUAAGCACACUUUUGAUGCCGGCACAGAAUGUUUCUGGACGCCUUACGUGAACGACUUUGACGAGAAAUUCACCUACGAGUGCCCAUCAAACCACGUCGUUUCAGGAAUGAGCAGCUACCAUAGCAACAAACACGAGGACAGGCGGUGGCAGUUUUACUGCUGUAGAAGCAGCGGUUACUGUAAUACAGACUGUCAGUGGACGACAUAUGUGAACUGGUUUGAAGAGGCUUUCCAUUGGACCGUACCUAACCAUAACUACCUGGUGGGCGCUGAAAGCUACCAUGAAAAUAAACAUGAAGAUCGGCGCUGGAUGUACAAGUUCUGUUCCCAAAUGCAAUGCUGAGAUCCUCACACAUUACUACUCACAUUUAAAAGGAACAAUAAAGAUGAAAAAAUGGGAUGCGAUUAAUGUUUUUAUUAAAUCCGAUCUGAGACAUUAUAGAUGUACCUGUAAUAAGUGUAGAUGUCAACAGAUGUGCCUACAUGAAAAUGGAUUUUUAAAAAUAUUGUCCAAAUCACAAAUCAUUUAAACCCCACAAAACUGAAAUCUGAACAGUUUUAUUGAUAUUGUCGUCGUAGAGCAAAAAACUAGAACAUCGCCUGUAAUGUUUAAUGUUUAAUAUGCACCUAUACUAUUUUCUCGAUAUCUGAGUGUACAAAUCAAAACAUUUCUUAUUACUAAGACCAAUAGCAAAAAGGCUACAGUGCCGGAUACAAAAAGUUUACAUUUACAUACAGUAUAUCACUGCUGUCCUGCUGAAACAUCAUAUCUCCAUGUUUCGUGAUUUUAUUUUUUGCCAUAAAUCAUUAUUAGUCACUGGGUUUUUCGAAUAUCUAACCCAUAAAAACUGCUAAACCAACUGAGCUAUAGAAACAGGAAACAUUCCUAUAGAUCAAUAAGUGACAUCAACA